AUGUACCCUUUUCAGCUAACCAACAGUCGGCUCAAUGUUGAGAUGAGAGAACAACAUCCACCAUUUCGGAUAGCAGAACUAUUGUGCUUAUUCCUUGUAGUUCCUGUGAUAUUUUGUCAACCCUCCCAGCAUGAAAUUUAUCGACUCUACCGGGCGGUUGCGCCAAACGCGCCCGCUUUGAGAGCUCUAUUGGAUCUGCAAGUGAACGAUCAUCUAUUCAAUGUUGACUUUUGGAAAGAGCCAAGACAUCCGGGCGACAUCGCUGACAUUAUGAUCCCGGACUCGAUUCGACACAUUGUUGAGAGGCAUUUUGAUGAGAAUCGAAUCUUGUACAAUAUCACUGUACCUGAUGUUGAAAAGUUAAUUCUCCAUAACGAAGGCAAGAAACGCUCAAAUUUGGGCUUCGACAAGCGACUAAACGACGAUCCGAUUCUCGACAGUGAACCUGAUGACGAUUGGUCUCAAGUGGGCCAACUGAAGAAAGCUCGAUAUCCAUUUGGUGACUAUGCACCGUACGCUGAUAUGAUGAAAUACAUGAGAACCAUCGAAUUCUACUAUCCGAGUUUCACGAAGAUUGUCAGAAUCGGCACUUCGCAUGAGGGAUUACCGAUCGAAGGACUUAAGAUCGGCUUCCCCUUGGACAACAAAGAAAAACGAGCGAUUUGGAUUGAUGGAAACAUUCAUGCUCGAGAGUGGGCGAGUAGUCACACCGCGCUCUACAUUAUAAAUCAGCUCGUUUCCGGCUAUCGAAAGGACGAUAACAUCACUUUUUAUGUGAACAACUUGAAUUUCUAUAUUGUUCCCUGUUUAAACCCGGACGGCUAUGAGUACACGAGGAGUAGUCCGACACCGUUGGUAAGACUCUGGCGUAAGAAUCGCUCGCCUGAGGUGUGCUCAGCGUCUUUAUGGGGAGGGGAAAAGUGUUGUCGGGGUGUUGAUUUGAAUCGAAAUUUCGAUCAUCAUUGGGCAGAGACUGGCUCCAGCUAUGAACCCUGCUCGAAUCUCUUUCACGGUGACUACGUUUUCAGUGAGCCCGAAGCUGCAUCAGUGCGUAAAUUCUUGGAAACAGAGGAGAUGUGGGGGAAAACGGACGCUUUUCUCACCCUUCACACCUACGCUCAACUGUGGAUUUAUCCAUUCAGUCAUCAAGAAACGACUUAUCCAAGGGAUAUCGAUGAUUUGAGAAGAACCGCUCGGAAAGCAGUGUCUCGUUUGGAAAACGUUUACGGAACCGUUUACCGGAUGGGCACUGGAGCUGAUACAUUGGCGCCAGCUUCCGGUGGAUCGGAUGAUUGGGCAAAGUCGAAGAUGCGCGUGAAAUACGUGUACUUGAUCGAGUUACGCCCCGAGGAACAUUUAUCCCAUGGCUUCAUUUUACACAAAAAGGAGCUGAUCCCAACCGGAAUCGAGACGUUGGAGGGACUGAAAGAGGUCUUCGAAUCAGUCCUCGCCGUCAACAACAUCAAACGCGAUCCGUAUGCGAAGAUCUCGGACGCGAUGAAGAAGAAACAAGAAAUGCGAAGACGCUUGAUUCAGAAGGGAACCUUUUACACAACGCCUAGAACACGCUUUUUGCUUGACGUCACACAGACAACGGGAGCACCAACUACAAGAAGUACAACAAGUUCCACCACAACAAUUCUGCCGUCCACCUCAGCAAAGACCGUUAUCGAGGUUUUAAAUGGUGUUUCGGAGAACCUUGAGAAAAAGAGUUUCUUCCGACCGACUAUUCCAACAGCGCCGCCGACUUUCAGCGGCUCUUCCUCGACAAUGGCUACAGUACCCCUCACUACGCCUUCAUCGAAUUCAACCAAGCACAUUGGUGAAGCUCGAGUGAAACAAAAGGAAACGCAACAGAAAUUGGAUCAAGAUGCAAGAAGGAAAGAGGUAGAAGAAACUCGACGUCGAGUCAAAGAAGCGCAAGAAAGACGUCGAGAAGAAGCUAGAGAAAAGAAGAGAAAAGUGGAAGAAGAAAGAAGAAAAGCUGAAGAAAUAAGGAAAGAAAAUGAGAGAAAAGCGGUUGAAGAACGGAGAAAAGAGGAGAGGAGAAGAGAGGAGAUCCUCAGAAGACAACAGGAACAGUGGAGACGAGACAACGAACGCCGACUCGAGAUGAUCACAAAACAACGAGAAAUCGAGAACAGAAGAAGAGAAGAAGAACGAGUGGCACAAGAAGAAAGGAGAAAUGAAUUGGAGAGAUUGAAAGAAAUCGAGAAAAUCAAUGAACAGAAACAUUUGCAAAAAGAGAAAGAAAAUCAGCCGAUUGUGCGAGUGGCGCGAAAAUUGGUCGAUGGACGAAUUGAGGAGAAAGAAGUGGAGGUGCUUGAGGCUCAACCCGAGACCUCGACAGCGGUGGAGGCGGUGGUGAGCAUGGUUGAGAUGAGUGUGCCCACUCAUUCUCCACCAGUCACCACAUACUCGCCAUUGAGAAUACCAGCAAAUGCUGUCACUCAAGUCUAUGCCAGAGAUGACACUAAAGAACCCCUGCAAAUCACCGAUUCAAACACGAAAGCGAUUGUUAAGACAAAGUCAACUUUUGCACCACCCAGGAUAACGCAACGUUUCGAUCAGCGGUACACAACUUCGAUUCCGGCCGCUUUCCGUGAUCCAUCUUGCCGCGAUCUUCGCUACUCGUGCGCUUUCUGGUUACAAAACACUCCGCAAGCCUGUGUGACACAACGUUCUUUCAUGCGAGCGCAAUGCGCUUACACUUGCCAUUUUUGUCAACCAACUGCCUCUCUACUCAUCGCUGGACCAUUUCUCGAAAAU